AUGCGUGGCCAACUAAUAAGAAUCUCUUCGAAAUUUGAAUUUACCAACGUCGAGUGCAUUUCUUUGGAUAAAAGAUUCGAUGACUUUGAAUAUUGCUUUCUUAAGUCAGUUAAUCGGACCUACAAAUACUUAUCGCUCAAAGUGAAUUUAUUUAAAACGCCAAUCACCAAAGUGAAGUUUAAUGGAGUGCUGUUUAAACGGUUUAAUGGCUACAGGCCCUUUAUGUACAAUUUCACAUUGGAUGCUUGCAGGUUCUUGAACAAUACAAAGUCAAACCCAUUGGCAAAUUACUUUUUCGAUUUCCUGAAAUCACACUCUAAUAUGAAUCACACCUGUCCUUUUGACCAUGAUCUAAUUUUGGAAAAAAUAACUGUAGACUUUAUAAAUAAUCAAAUCACAAAAGUUCUACCCUUCCCAGAGGGAGCCUACAUGCUGGAAACUCAUUGGAUCGCCUAUGACAUCGAUCGCGCGGUGGUUAAAAUAUAUGGCACUCUGUCCUGA